UGGGAGGUUGGGCACCCCGGAAGCGGAAGUCCAGGAGUCAAACUCGUCAUUUCCUUCAGCUAGAGGAGCUCAACGGAUCUGUUUUCUUUCGCUCAGCCAAAAUCACAGAAUGAAGGCGGUGAAGAGCGAACGGGAGCGAGGGAGCCGGCGAAGACACCGGGACGGGGACAUGGUGCUGCCGGCGGGGGUGGUGGUGAAGCAGGAGCGUCUCAGCCCAGAAGUCGCACCUCCCGCCCACCGCCGUCCGGACCACUCCGGCGGUAGCCCGUCUCCGCCGGCCAGCGAGCCGGGCCGCCCGGGCCACCGCGGGAACCGAGCCCGAGGAGUUAGCCGGUCCCCACCCAAAAAGAAAAACAAGUCCUCAGGGAGAAGAAGCAAGUCUCCUCGGAGUAAGAGAAACCGAAGUCCUCACUACUCAACAGUCAAAGUGAAGCAGGAGCGUGAGGAUCAUCCCCGGAGAGGACGGGAGGAUCGGCAGCACAGGGAACCAUCAGAACAGGAACACAGGAGAGCUAGGAAAAGUGACCGGGACAGACACCGGGGCCAUUCCCACCAAAGGAGAACGUCUAACGAGAGACCUGGGAGUGGGCAGGGUCAGGGACGGGAGCGAGACACUCAGAACCUUCAGGCUCAGGAAGAAGAGCGGGAGUUUUAUAAUGCCAGGCGACGGGAGCAUCGCCAGAGGAAUGACAUUGGUGGUGGCGGUAGUGAGUCUCAGGAGUUGGUUCCUCGGCCUGGUGGCAACAACAAAGAAAAAGAGGUGCCUGCUAAAGAAAAACCAAGCUAUGAACUUUCUGGGGCACUUCUUGAGGACACCAACACUUUCCGGGGUGUAGUCAUUAAAUAUAGUGAGCCCCCAGAAGCACGUAUUCCAAAAAAACGGUGGCGUCUCUACCCAUUUAAAAAUGAUGAGGUGCUUCCAGUCAUGUACAUACAUCGACAGAGUGCGUAUCUACUGGGUCGACACCGCCGCAUUGCAGACAUUCCUAUCGAUCACCCAUCUUGUUCAAAGCAGCAUGCGGUCUUUCAAUAUCGGCUUGUGGAAUAUACCCGUGCUGAUGGCACAGUUGGCCGAAGAGUGAAGCCCUACAUCAUUGACCUUGGCUCAGGCAAUGGAACCUUCUUAAACAACAAACGUAUUGAGCCACAGAGAUACUAUGAACUAAAAGAAAAGGAUGUACUCAAAUUUGGAUUCAGUAGCAGAGAAUAUGUCUUGCUCCAUGAGUCGUCGGACACUUCAGAAAUAGACAGGAAAGAUGAUGAGGAUGAGGAGGAGGAGGAAGAAGUGUCUGACAGCUAACAAACUAAGAACCCAAACUAUUGAGACACUUUUCCUUGUUGGAAGGCUUUGAUUGACUCAGAGAGCACUAUGGUGGUGGGUCCAACACUAUCAUGCUCUCUGUAAUGCCUCUUACUGCCUUAAGUCUUUCCCCUGUUGCUGACCAGAUUGUGUUACCAUUUGAAUACACUGACUAAUGUUUGUUAAACUUUUUCUGUGGCACCUUGGCCACAUGCCUGCAGGCAUUUGUUUUCGGAACAGUCUCACCAAUUACAACACACCGUGUUUUAGUAGAAGCGUUGUGGUUUUAGUUGGUGCUUUCAGAACUGCUGCCUAGGAAACUAUAAACCCUUGGUUAAGGGUAAAUCAUGGCUUGUUCUCUUUGUACAGUUAACUUUAUUUAUAUAGGUAUUAAGCUUUGUGGACCAGGUGUUUUUCUUUUGGGGUGAACCCCUGAGCAGAGAAUCUUACUAGGCUUUGGUUAUCACCAAAACAACCUCUAGUAUAUACCAAAGCUUUGACCUGGUUGAGCUCUUGAGCUUAGAAGUUGAUUUUGCACUUAGUCUUUUGGGGGUGGGAAUGUACUGCAGUCAGUAAACGUUAUUGACUGUUUAACUUAAACAGAUGCUUUAUGGCACCUGCUCAAGCCCGUGACUGUACAGAAGGAUCCUGGUUGCUACCAGUGGGUGCUGAUUCAGCAUCACAAGUGACUGAAAUUGGCCGUGGAUCUGUUCUUUCUGAAAGAAUUCCUGAUUUCUCCAUGGAGCAUGUACACAACAGUUUUGAUCAUAUUAACUGUACUUCAGUUUUGCAUUUUUAUUCAAAUGUUAUCUCCUUUUUUUUUCUUUGAGAAAUAAACUGUCACUGAUGUGGCAGGUUCUUUAUUCUAAUAACUUGUAUAUGUCUAAAGCAGGUUGUGUUGUUUACAUUGUUUCUACACAUUUCAUCCUUUAAAAAUUGUUCAGAGAGGCUGUAUUUACCUUCCCAAGGUUGGAAAGCAGGGGAAUUUCCCAGUUUCCUAGUUUUCCACCAGAGGAAUAUGUGUAAGUAGCAAAGUAUUCGCUGCUUACAUAUAGUGUAUAUGUAUGUAUAUAUGUAAAUUGUGUGUUAAAGAGCUGAUACUGAUUUUCAUAUGACAAUGUUAGGCAAAGGCCUCCCUGCAUUUGUAGAGCAGGUGUUCAUUUAUAUGUAUUUUUGGGAUAAAAAAAUAAAAUUUGUAAAUAUAGCCCCA